AUGCAUUGUGCACGCUUUGUAUUAGCGUUAGGUCGGCGUGACUUGCGUAGGGCAGAGAAGAGUUGGCCGAGUGAUGUAUGGAAAAGGGCGGUGCGAGCGCUGAGCACCUCAAGCGCCACAUCGCUUCAAGAGGCCGUGCGCUCAAAGAUUGAGCCGAUGCGAGCUCAAGUCCACGAGGUUCGGGAACGAUUCGGUGAAGAAGUUCUUGACGCGUGCACCGUUAAUCAGGCCUACGGUGGGAUGCGCUCUCUGAAGGCCAUGGUCUACGAGACGUCACUCCUUGAUCCGCAGGAAGGCAUUCGUUUUCGGGGGUUUUCGAUCCCCGAGUGUCAACGGUUGUUGCCAAGAGCAAAGCCCUCGGGCGAGCAACCACUUCCCGAAGGGCUUCUGUGGCUCCUCCUGACAGGUGAAAUUCCGACGGAGUCGCAGGUCGAGAGCGUUUGCCAGGAUUUGAAGCGGCGGGCAGCCGUUCCCCCGGAAGUGUUGCGCUUGUUAGACGAACUACCCCACGAGCGCAUGCAUCCCAUGACGCAGUUCUCGGUAGCUGUUAGUCUUCUGCAGCAUGAGUCAAAGAUGGCAGAGGCGUAUGCGCAAGGCGCUCCCAAGUCGACCUUCUGGGAAUACUGCUUGGAAGACGCAUUGACGCUUAUCGCUCGGUUACCAGCAGUGGCUGCGAGAAUCUACCGUAAUACGUUUCACGGCGGAAAGCAUGUGCCAGCGGAAAAAAUUGAAAAAGUCGAUGACAUGGGCAUGCGUUUGGCGAGGUCACUAGGCUUUGAAUUGAACGAAUUUGAUGAGUUGAUGCGGUUGUACCUGGUGCUUCACGCGGAUCACGAAGGUGGAAACGUGUCGGCGCAUGCCGUGCGCCUGGUCGGUUCGGCGCUAAGUGACCCGUACUUGUCAUUUGCAGCUGGUCUGAACGGUUUGGCGGGACCAUUGCACGGCCUGGCAAAUCAGGAAGUUUUGCGUUGGCUGCUACAAAUGAAAGAAAAGCUCGGCAAUCGUCCGAUGACGACGGAGAAUCUGAGGGAACUCUGUUGGGAGACCCUGCGAGAAGGCCACGUCAUUCCGGGGUUCGGUCACGCGGUCCUGCGGCGAACCGACCCGCGCUACACAGCGCAGCGUGAAUUCGCACUCAAGCAUUUACCGCACGACGAGAUGUUCCAGCUUGUUUCCAAGUUAUACGAAGUCGUUCCGCGGGUGCUGGAGGAGCAGGGCAAAGUGAAAAACCCGUGGCCCAAUGUCGAUCAGCAUUCAGGAAUUCUGCUUCGCUAUUAUGGAUUGGUCGAAAGCAACUUUUAUACGGUGCUCUUCGGCGUGAGUCGGGCACUGGGAACGCUCUCCUCGCUCGUGUGGGACCGUGCUCUUGGUCUGCCCAUUGAACGCCCCAAAUCAGUCACGACGCAAUGGAUACGAGAACACUUCGAGAAGCGUUCGGUUUCUGCAUAG